AAAGAGGGAGUAGAAGAAGAAGAAGAGAAGAACAAGAAGAAAACGAAGCGUCGUUUCUUCUCUUCUGAAUUUUUUGCAGGGAGAUUCUUCUUUUUUUGUUCUGUUUUCUGUGUUACUGUGUUGUUAUUCAGAUCGAAUUCUUGAAUCAGUUCGUGUUUGAUUUCGGAGAUUCUUCUUCACUGUCCCGCGCGCCGUUUUUGGUUUAUUUGUUUUCGAUUUUGGAUCUAAACCUUGUUUAAUUUCAGCUUAAUUCGUUAAUUGGAGUUAAGUGUUCGCUAAUUGUUGUUGUUGAUUGGGGAAUAAUCGGUGAGUGAAGUGAAAUUUUUGAUUUUGAAUUUUGUGUGUAAUUUUUUGGGUGAUCCAAUGGGGGAAGGUGAGGGGAGUGAUAUCCCUCCUAAAAACGUACCGUUUGAUUCGAGUUCGAAUUCGAAUUCGAAGAAGCUUGCUAGGCAGCUCGAUUUCAAUGCUGUUGGUGGGACUCCGGUGACUGUGCCUUUGCCGGAACAACCGCAGCAACCUCCGGCGAUACUUCCUCCAGCGACACUGCCUCCUCUUCCUUCAGCCAAAUUGGGGAAACCAGAAUCUCCAAAAUCAAAAUCAAGAGCCAGCUCUGAGACAAAAGAUGCUACACCAAAGAAGCAAAAACAGUGCAAUUGUAAACAUUCAAAAUGCUUAAAGCUAUAUUGUGAAUGUUUUGCAUCGGGAAUAUAUUGUGAUGGUUGCAACUGUGUAAAUUGUUUUAACAAUGUUGACAAUGAAGCUGCUAGACGAGAAGCUGUUGAAGCAACUUUAGAACGCAAUCCAAAUGCUUUUAGGCCAAAAAUUGCAAGCAGCCCUCAUGGAACACGUGAUAACAGGGAGGAGGCUGGGGAAGUUUUAAUAUUGGCAAAGCACAACAAAGGGUGCCAUUGUAAAAAAUCUGGGUGCCUCAAGAAGUACUGUGAAUGUUUCCAAGCCAACAUUCUUUGUUCUGAAAAUUGUAAAUGCAUGGAUUGCAAAAACUUUGAAGGAAGUGAAGAGCGACAAGCUUUAUUCCAUGGAGAUCAAAACAAUAAUAUGGCAUUUAUUCAGCAAGCAGCCAAUGCUGCCAUAACUGGAGCUAUUGGUUCCUCAGGUUAUUCAUCACCACCAGUAUCGAGAAAAAGAAAAGGUUCAGAACUCUGGCCAUCCGUCAAGGAUCCAUCUGUUAGCAAGCUGGGACAACAGGCAAAUCCUAUCAGAGGUCCUGGAGCACCCUCCUCAUCCUUGUCUCCUGCCCAAGUUGCUCGUGUUGGACAUGCAUCAUCAGGCCCUUCAAAAUUUAUGUACAGGUCUCUUUUAGCAGACAUCAUACAACCACAGCACCUGAAAGAGCUGUGCUCUGUUCUAGUGCUAGUAGCUGGUCAAGCCACUAAAACACUUACAGACCAGAAAAAUUUAAUGGACAAGCACACAGAAGAUCGGACAGAAAAUUCUCUUGCUUCUUCAAAUCAAGAGCAAUUGCCAAAUCAAAAGGAAGCUGAUGCUGAGAAAGCUAUGGCUGAUGAUUGUUCUAGUGCAAACCAAACUGAUAAAACCAGUCCGGAAAACUCCAGUUCAGAUGGUACUGAUGCUUCAAAAGGGAGGCCAAUGUCUCCUGGAACUCUAGCAUUGAUGUGUGAUGAGCAAGAUACAAUGUUCAUGACUGCGGCCCCCUCUAUUGGGUCAAUGCCCCAUGCUUGCAACACAUCUUCACAAUUGCCUCGAGGACAAGGAGCAACAGAGAUCUAUGCAGAGCAAGAAAGAAUUGUAUUGACAAAAUUCAGAGAUUUUCUUAAUAGGGUUAUCACUAUGGGAGAAAUAAAUGAAACAAAGUGUUCUUCACUAGCCAGAAGUGAGUCAGAGAUUCAAAAGGAUCCAAUCAUCAAAAGCACUGUAAAUGCCAGUACCGAAGCAGCACAUCAGCAAGGACUGGGAGCCACCAGCAAUGGUGUUGCCAAAGCUGUCAGCAACCCCACCACUUCAACAUCAUCUUUGGUUCCUUGUAGUCUUGUUUCAGAAAAUAGGGAAAUUAAACCGAAGGUCGAAAAAUAGAUAUAGAAGAAGUCUAACUUAGAUGAGCAGAGAUACCAUUUGGAAGAAAAUGAGAAGAAUGUUGUGAAGGUGUGUUCAUUGUAAUGGAAAAACAAUGUCAUUCUUCAUUUUUUGGCUUUCUAGCAAUUCAAGCCUAUAGAACCAUUAGUUCAACUGAGAUCCAUUUUCUUUUAUCAA